CACAAAUUUCUCCCUCGCCUUCUGGCCACAAACACACUAACAUAAAGGCGAAAGACGCUCAGACAGUUGGGGUUUGUUCAGAACCAGAAAGCAGAUGGCCAUCAGAGCACCCAUUACGGGAUUAAGUAUGGCUUCCAGGCGGCCUGCUUCGCUACAGCCCCACUCCGUCAUCAGGGCGCCGCCUCUCAAAAACUCUUUCCUUGGAUACGGCGUGAGGGCUUUAAAAGUUACACGUCUACAACUGUCUCAAGCUAACAGAUCCAGAUGUAACAGUCAUGGUGGGGGUGCUCUUGGCUCUCAAAUGAACCUUUUUGAUCGAUUUGCUAGAGUUGUCAAGUCAUAUGCGAAUGCAAUUAUAAGCUCCUUUGAAGACCCAGAAAAGAUCUUAGAACAAACUGUGCUUGAAAUGAAUGAUGACCUGAUAAAGAUGCGUCAAGCUACAGCACAAGUUCUGGCAUCGCAGAAGCAGUUGGAAAAUAAAUACAAAUCUGCCCAACAAGCUUCUGAAGAUUGGUACAAAAGAGCACAACUUGCCCUUGGAAAAGGAGAUGAGGAUCUUGCUCGUGAAGCUCUUAAACGACGAAAAGCUUAUGCAGACAAUGCAAAUGCAUUGAAGGCUCAACUUGAUCAGCAGAAGAGUAUUGUUGAUAAUCUCGUCUCCAAUACACGGCUUUUGGAAAGUAAGAUACAAGAGGCAAGGUCAAAGAAAGAUACCCUAAAAGCACGUGCUCAAUCUGCAAAGACUGCAACCAAGGUGACCGAGAUGCUGGGGAAUGUGAACACAAGCAGUGCUCUUUCAGCUUUUGAAAAGAUGGAGGAAAAGGUUUUGGCCAUGGAGUCUCAAGCAGAUGCGCUUAACCAGCUAACCAGUGAUGAGCUUGAAGGAAAGUUUGCUUUGCUAGAGACCUCUUCAGUUGAUGAUGAUCUUGCAAAUUUGAAGAAAGAACUAUCUGGCAGCACAAAGAAAGGAGAGCUUCCACCUGGGAGAUCGCCAGCUACGAGUGCUAGCUCAGCAUUUCCAUUUCAAGAUACUGAGAUUGAGAGAGAACUGAAUGAACUGAGGAGAAAAGCCAAGGAUUUCUAAUAAAUCUGCCUGUCAUCAAGGAAGGAGAUGCAUUUUCAUGUGGAAAGAGACAAAGCUCAGUCCAUGCAAAAUUUUGAUAUUGAAGAUACAACUCAGGGAGGGUUGGCUGCUGCCGCCACUGCUGCUGGUGAAUGAUGUUUGUAUCCAGGAACAACAAUCUAUUUCCUGACCAUUAUGUAUCAGUCAGUACUAGGAGGAUCUCUUUACUAAUUUUGCCAUUCAAUUUCUGUACAUUUUACCCAAAACUACCUUCUACUGUGCUGUGUUAUUUCUUUCAAUUUUAUUUGACCACUUUGUUGGAUCUGCUUUUUUA